AUGUCCCAAGCAAGCGACAUACUCCUAGCCACCACAAUGGCCAUCGCAGGCAUCCUCUUCGAUAUCUGCGCAACACCUCCAAACCCAUCACCACCCCGAAGAGACCGGGAGAUAAAAGAUCGCAUAGCCAUAUUAGUUGGCACAAGUAUUCCUGGCGCAAUGAUGCGCCACUCAGCUACCAUUCCAAUACUAUAUCAUGCUCUUGUGACAGCCACACCAGCUCUUGCACCAGAGUACAUGUCCCGAGUUUGUCCGAGGCAAGAAAAUCGUAAUACGAUUCUAUUCGAGUGGAACUUGCUGUCAGCUACAGCCUUUUUUCUUAUUUUCCUCGGUUCUGCAAUUCGGGUCACGGCAUAUGGGGGGCUUGGUCGGUCAUUUACGUUUCAUCUUGCACCACCGGAUGAUCUUGUCACGUCUGGGAUUUAUAGCUGGAUUCAGCAUCCUAGUUAUACUGGGUUGUUGUUAGUUCUUGCUGGGGUACAUUUAUUAUUUUUGCGCUGGGAUGGAGCAUCUGCGUGUUGGAUUCCGGAGUCGAUUUUAAUUUUUUUCAAUGGGAUGGGUGUUUAUGGGACAGGUGUGCUGGCCGUUGCUGGGGCGGUGGUUUUGAAUGCUCGUGUAAGGGAUGAAGAGGAGAUGCUGAGAGUGAAGUUUGGGAAGAAGUGGGAGGAGUGGCAUGCCAGGACUAGGAGAAUCGUUCCUGGUGUUUUCUGA